CUCUGCCAAAACCCUAGUUUCUUUUCUUGGUCUGAGAGGUGCGGCCGCAGAUAUCUUCUGCUUACAGGAGCAGUCUUUGUGAAAAUGGUGAGAAUCAGUGUUUUAAACGAUGCUCUUAAAAGCAUGUACAACGCAGAGAAGCGGGGAAAACGGCAGGUCAUGAUCAGGCCGUCCUCGAAAGUGAUCAUUAAGGUCCUCCUGGUCAUGCAGAAGCAUGGCUAUAUUGGAGAGUUUGAGUAUGUUGACGAUCAUAGGUCUGGAAAAAUUGUGGUUGAACUGAAUGGGAGAUUGAAUAAGUGUGGGGUUAUUAGCCCUCGAUUUGAUGUGGCUGUUGCAGAUAUCGAAAACUGGACUGCGAGGUUGCUUCCCUCAAGACAGUUUGGGUAUAUUGUGCUGACAACCUCUGCGGGCAUCAUGGAUCAUGAAGAAGCUAGAAGAAAGAAUGUUGGUGGUAAAGUACUCGGUUUCUUCUAUUAGGUAGAGUUUGGCGGGAGGAUGGACAUGAAUUUUUCCUGCGUAGUUCUGAGAAGUUGUCUUUGUUUCAAUUUGGAACUUUAUAGGUAGGAUUGUUUCUAUCCUGCUUACUUUGGCUUGAUUCUUGUUUUGUUUCGAGCUUAGUUGGGGAAUAUUUUUUUUUGGUAUUUUAGAGCUGAAGCUAAAAUAUUUAUUUGAAGAAUAUUUUUUGUUUGAACUUCCCUCCUGUUAAUGUAAUCUAGAUUAUGUGAGCCACAUUU